AUGGAAUAUGAUGAACAAGUGUCAGCGCGGCUAGACAUGAGCCUGGAUGAGAUAAUCGGGCAAGAACAGCAGGACGGCUCAAGUCAACUUAAGAAGCGCAAAGCGAAGAGUGGACCGCCAGGCUCUUCCUCUCUGCCACCACCCACGACGCAUGCACCACUGUAUCGAGCUCCACUAGCCCUACAAACUGAAUAUGCUGAAAGGCCAGCAGCUGCCUUUGUCCCGGCCGCUGGAGCCGCUAACAGCGUCUCUUCUAGGCCUACUCCAGCUGGGCGCCAUGUACCUGUUCUUGUACGGGGGCCCCCAGGCAGAUUACCCCCCCCUCCUCCCUACGCUGUGGCUAGACCUCCUUUUCCAGUACCCCUCGGUCAUUCCAGAACGGACACGCGGUGGCCAAGGCCGAGGCCGUUGGGCGGAGGAUACCUAGUGGCGCCAAAUGGUGUGCGCCCCCCGCCUCCGCCAAUUGGAGGAGCUCCUGGUGGACGCUCUUCAGUACCUAUGUGGAAGCGUUCCCGGCACGGCGACGAGGUGGAAGGCCAGAACGGCCACCACUCGCCACAUGAUCCGAUGGGUUACUCAGUAGGUCUUCCGGCAUUUGGGUCUAUGCGAAGCCCGCAGCUGUUGAGCGAUCCAAGCGGUCCCGUUCCAAAGCCGGUGCCUUACGGAUACGGUCCUAGGUGUCCUCCUUCCACUGAGUACUACGAGCCGACAUAUAGGAGAGAUGCAGCAGGGGAGCAUGGGCAUGGUUACGGCGCCUCGCCAGAGGAGCUAGUGCCACCCCCCGUACGCCGCGGACAUUCUGACGACGCCGAAAUCGUUUGGAACAGGCAAACAGCGCCAGAUCCUGCCUCCGCGACCCCAGGGAUGCGCGGGUUGCCAAUACGUGAAGCGGACGCCCCUGCAGGCGGCUCCGUUGGCGCAUGCUUGGCCCAGAGAAAGGAGUUCAAUGUGAUUGUUUCGAACGUUCCAAAGGAUCUACCAGCAGUGGAAAUUCAAGAAGCGUUCAGCUGCAUGGGGACCGUCCUACGCACUGAUAUAAUGCUUAACAGCAAGGGAGAGCACACCGGCAGGGUGUGCAUUGCAUUUGCUUCUGCUGAAGCAGCGAAGACAGCAGUGGCACAAUUUGACAAAGGCGAUCUUAACGGAAACACAAUUAGGGUCUUCGCGGAAUGA